GUAAAAGAAUUAAAUUAAACAUUUUCUUCCCUAGAAUUUGGGGAGAUGCAUUUACUAGUAAUUGUAAUGACAGUGUUCAUCGCUUCGCAAGAGACAGACAGUUGCAAUCAACUUUGUGGCCGGCAUUCGCCAAUAUCAACUGAAUUUGACAGAGAAAGUUCUUCAUCCGUUGCCGCUGAUAGCUGUCGACACGGUCAGAAUUAUUUCAAUCGACAUUCCUUCCAGCUAAACAGCGACGGAAUCAGUUUCAUCAAUGACAGAGACGUGGAAACCAACAAUGGGCCAGCAGUCCCAUCGCUCAACCGGAAUCGGCGAAUAUUAAUUCGUGAAUUCACACCACAAGAUGUUGUCCGCUGUUUGGAUUCUCUAUCCGCCAAGAGAAACCGGCGAUCGCUCCAUAUCGCAUUUAUUGGCGACUCGACGAUUCGUCAACAUUACGUCAUGUUUUUAAGACUGAUUCCGGACUUUGAUAGGAGAAUUGAAAGGUAUUCAAAUGUCUGGUACCCGUUCCAUUAUCACGAGGAUCGCAAUGUGACGAGCUGGUUGUUUGACAAUCUGCGCAUUUCUUUCUACUGGCGUGACCUCAUCAAAGAUGAUUUGAUUGCCGAUUUCGGGCAUCAACCGACGACGACAGCCAAGCACCAGAUUUCAUUCUCCUCGGAGUGACUGCCCAUCACAUCGACCAAAACAAUCGGAGCACAAUCGCAGACAGUUUCCGGACGUACGAGAAGCUUUUGGAAAAGCAACUGAUGCCGCUCAUCAAUCAAAGUCUGACUGUCCAUCCUCGCCAGGAGAUUGUCUGGCUGCUCCAGAGUCUCACCAGCAUGGACCGAGUCAAUCGCGGUUUUUAUCCCGAAACCAUUCGGAUGUACAACAACGCCGUUCGCCUUAUCUUGAAAGACACUCGAGUGAUAAUGUGGGAGACGAUUAAUCUCAUAGUCGAGGAAUACCUUCGAGGCUGUGCUCUGACCAGAGACGAGCGCCGAGACAACGAAAACACCGAUCACGAGCGAGUCGACAACGGAUACCUGAACUGCAAAGAUUUCAUCCAUCCAGGAAUGGGGGCAUUAUCGAUAGGCACACAGCUCAUUAUUAACCACAUAUGCGAAUAAUCCCAUGAUAUUACAAUGUUGUA